AUGGCGGCUCGUCUGCUCCGGGGGAUGCUCGGGAGCCGCCUCCUCCUUCUCCACUCCCCGCCGCGGAGCUCCGGCCGCGCCCGCGGUGGCACAGACACAGGCUCUCUGACUAAACAAGAUGAAGCAGCUGUUGCUACAGACUGGAAAAAAAAAUUGACUCCCGAGCAAUUCUAUGUUACAAGAGAAAAAGGAACAGAACCGCCAUUUAGUGGGAUCUAUGUGAAUAACACAGAGUCGGGAAUAUACUACUGCGUAUGCUGCAACACCCCACUGUUCAGCUCAGAAAAGAAGUACAAUUCUGGGACUGGAUGGCCGUCAUUUUCCGAGGCUUAUGGUACUUGUGGCAGAGAUGAAAGCAAUACCAACAUCAUAGAACGACCAGAUAACUCAUUGGGAUCAACUAGAACUGAAGUUGUCUGCAAACAGUGUGAUGCCCAUCUAGGCCAUGUGUUUGAGGAUGGUCCCACACCUUCUGGGAAGAGGUUCUGUAUCAACAGUGUUUCAUUAAACUUCAGGCCAGGCUCUGUUAUCCUCACGGCUAUUACACCAGGUUCAAAGAAGGGAUGGAUGCCGGGUCCUCAUCUCCACACUGCCAAGGAGCAAGGGGAGGAGAGGGGUGUACGGGUGCUGCGCAGUGAGAUGAAGGGGGCACCAGCUUCGGCCUUCACACUGAACCAAUGUGGGCUGAAGAACAUCCACCGGACAUGUUCACAGCCAGAAACCCUCAAGCCACUGCCCACAGCAAGUCGCACAACCCAUAAAGGCUCACCCAAACGGCCCGGCUUCUGCCGGCCCAGCUCCGGGGGCGGGGAGGGGGGUUGGUGA